CCCGCCCUCGCCCUGCUCCUGCGUCUGCUCUGGCGGCUCCAGCUGACACCGCUGCCCGGCGCCCGGGCGCAGAGCGCCGCAGGUGGCUGUUCCUUCGAUGAGCACUACAGUAACUGCGGGUAUAGUGUGGCUCUGGGGACCAAUGGAUUCACCUGGGAACAGAUUAACACAUGGGAGAAGCCAAUGCUGGACCCAGCUGUACCCACAGGGUCCUUCAUGAUGGUGAACAGCUCUGGGAGGGCCUCUGGCCAGAAGGCCCACCUCCUCCUGCCCACCCUGAAGGAGAAUGACACUCACUGCAUCGACUUCCAUUACUACUUCUCCAGCCGUGACCGCUCUAGCCCGGGGGCCUUGAAUGUCUACGUGAAGGUGAAUGGUGGCCCCCAAGGGAACCCUGUCUGGAACGUGUCGGGGGUUGUCACCGAGGGCUGGGUGAAGGCGGAACUUGCCAUCAGCACCUUUUGGCCUCAUUUCUACCAGGUGAUAUUUGAAUCCGUCUCUCUGAAGGGCCAUCCUGGCUACAUCGCUGUGGACGAGGUCCGGGUCCUUGCUCACCCGUGCAGAAAAGCACCUCACUUCCUGCGACUCCAAAAUGUUGAGGUGAAUGUGGGGCAGAACGCCACGUUUCAGUGUAUUGCUGGCGGGAAGUGGUCCCAGCACGACAAGCUUUGGCUCCAGCAAUGGAAUGGCAGAGAUACGGCCCUCAUGGUCACACGUGUGGUCAACCACAGGCGCUUCUCUGCCACAGUCAGCGUGGCUGAUACCGCCCAGCGCAGUGUCUCCAAGUACCGCUGUGUGAUACGCUCGGAUGGCGGGUCUGGCGUGUCCAACUACGCGGAGCUGAUUGUGAAAGAGCCUCCCACACCCAUUGCCCCCCCAGAGCUGCUGGCAGUGGGGGCCACCUACCUGUGGAUCAAGCCAAAUGCCAACUCCAUCAUCGGAGAUGGGCCCAUCAUCCUGAAGGAGGUGGAAUACCGCACCACCACAGGCACCUGGGCUGAGACCCACAUUGUCGACUCUCCCAACUACAAGCUGUGGCACCUGGACCCUGACGUGGAGUAUGAGAUUCGGGUACUACUCACACGGCCAGGCGAGGGGGGCACAGGACCACCAGGGCCUCCCCUCACUACCAGGACCAAGUGUGCGGACCCUGUGCACGGCCCACAGAAUGUAGAGAUCGUGGAUAUUCGAGCCCGGCAGCUGACCCUACAGUGGGAGCCCUUUGGCUAUGCAGUGACCCGUUGCCACAGCUACAACCUCACAGUGCAGUACCAGUACGUGUUCAACCAACAGCAGUAUGAGGCCGAGGAAGUGAUCCAGACAUCCUCCCACUACACCCUGCGGGGUCUGCGUCCCUUCAUGACCAUCCGGCUGCGUUUGCUGCUCUCCAACCCUGAGGGCCGCAUGGAAAGCGAGGAGCUGGUUGUGCAGACCGAAGAGGAUGUUCCAGGAGCUAUUCCUCUUGAGUCAAUCCAAGGAGGGCCUUUUGAGGAGAAGAUCUACAUCCAGUGGAAACCUCCCAAUGAGACCAAUGGGGUCAUCACACUCUACGAGAUCAACUACAAGGCUGUUGGCUCACUCGAUCCAAGUGCUGACCUGUCCAGCCAGAGGGGGAAAGUGUUCAAGCUCCGGAAUGAAACCCAUCACCUCUUCGUGGGUCUGUACCCGGGGACCACCUACUCCUUCACCAUCAAGGCCAGCACGGCCAAGGGCUUCGGACCCCCCGUCACCACACGAAUCGCUACCAAGAUUUCAGCUCCGUCAAUGCCUGAGUAUGACACAGGCGCCCCGCUGAAUGAGACAGACACGACCAUCACGGUGAUGCUGAAACCCGCCCGGUCCCGGGGAGCUCCUGUCAGUGUUUACCAGCUGGUGGUCAAGGAGGAGCGGCUUCAGAAGUCCCGGAGAGCAGCUGACAUCAUCGAGUGCUUCUCUGUACCUGUGAGCUACCGGAAUGCCUCCAACCUAGAUUCUCUACACUACUUCGCUGCUGAGUUGAAGCCCUCCAACCUGCCUGUCACACAGCCGUUUACUGUGGGAGACAACAAGACAUACAAUGGAUACUGGAAUCCUCCUCUCUCCCCAUUGAAAAGCUACAGCAUCUACUUCCAGGCACUCAGCAAAGCAAAUGGAGAGACCAAAAUCAACUGUGUUCGUCUGGCUACAAAAGGUGCCUCCACCCAGAAUUCCAACACAGUGGAGCCAGAGAAGCAGGUGGACAACACGGUGAAGAUGGCCGGUGUGAUCGCUGGCCUGCUCAUGUUCAUCAUCAUCCUCCUGGGGGUGAUGCUCACCAUCAAAAGAAGAAGAAAUGCUUAUUCCUACUCCUAUUACUUGUCCCAAAGGAAGCUGGCCAAGAAGCAGAAGGAGACACAGAGUGGAGCCCAGAGGGAGAUGCGGCCUGUGGCCUCCGCUGACAAGCCCACUGCCAAGCUCAGCACCAGCCGGAAUGAGGAAGGCUUCUCCUCCAGCUCUCAGGACGUUAACGGAUUCACAGAUGGCAGCCGUGGAGAGCUGUCGCAGCCCACCCUCACCAUCCAGACUCACCCCUACCGGACCUGCGACCCUGUGGAGAUGAGCUACCCCCGGGACCAGUUCCAGCCUGCCAUCAGGGUGGCUGACCUGCUUCAACACAUCACCCAGAUGAAGAGAGGUCAGGGCUACGGGUUCAAGGAGGAAUAUGAGGCCUUACCGGAAGGUCAGACAGCUUCGUGGGACACAGCCAAGGAAGAUGAAAAUCGCAAUAAGAAUCGAUACGGGAACAUCAUAUCCUAUGACCAUUCACGAGUGAGGCUGCUGGUGCUGGAUGGAGACCCCCACUCUGACUACAUCAAUGCCAACUACAUUGACGGGUACCAUCGACCUCGACACUACAUUGCAACUCAAGGCCCAAUGCAGGAGACGGUAAAAGAUUUCUGGAGAAUGAUCUGGCAGGAGAACUCAGCCAGCAUCGUCAUGGUCACAAACCUCGUGGAGGUGGGCAGGCACCCAGCGGAACACACUAUGGGAAAUGCCACGCUAGGCCGUGCCGCGUCCCCCGGAAUGGUGAAGUGUGUGCGAUACUGGCCAGAUGACACUGAGGUCUAUGGAGAUAUUAAAGUCGCCCUGAUUGAAACAGAACCCCUGGCAGAAUAUGUCAUCCGCACCUUCACAGUACAAAAGAAAGGCUACCAUGAAAUCCGGGAGCUCCGCCUCUUUCACUUCACCAGCUGGCCUGAUCAUGGUGUACCCUGCUAUGCCACUGGCCUCCUAGGCUUCAUCCGCCAGGUCAAGUUCCUCAACCCUCCAGAAGCUGGGCCUAUUGUGGUACAUUGCAGUGCUGGAGCCGGGAGGACCGGUUGCUUCAUUGCCAUUGACACCAUGCUCGACAUGGCUGAGAACGAAGGGGUAGUGGACAUCUUCAACUGUGUGCGUGAGCUCCGGGCACAGAGGGUCAACUUGGUGCAGACAGAGGAGCAGUACGUGUUUGUGCAUGAUGCCAUCCUGGAGGCGUGCCUAUGUGGCAACACCGCCAUCCCUGUGUGUGAAUUCCGCUCCCUCUACUAUAACAUCAGCAGGCUGGACCCCCAGACGAACUCCAGCCAAAUCAAAGAUGAGUUCCAGACACUUAACAUCGUGACUCCUCGUGUCCGGCCCGAGGACUGCAGCAUCGGGCUCCUGCCCCGGAACCACGAUAAGAAUCGGAGCAUGGAUGUUUUGCCUCUGGACCGCUGCCUGCCCUUCCUCAUCUCCGUGGAUGGAGAGUCCAGCAACUACAUCAACGCAGCACUGAUGGACAGCCACAAGCAACCCGCGGCCUUCGUCGUCACCCAGCACCCUCUACCCAACACCGUGGCAGAUUUCUGGAGGCUGGUGUUUGAUUACAAUUGCUCAUCCGUGGUGAUGUUGAAUGAGAUGGACACUGCCCAGCUCUGUAUGCAGUACUGGCCAGAGAAGACUUCGGGGUGCUAUGGGCCCAUCCAGGUGGAGUUCGUCUCUGCAGACAUUGACGAGGACAUCAUACACAGGAUAUUCCGCAUCUGCAACAUGGCUCGGCCACAGGAUGGGUAUCGUAUAGUCCAGCACCUUCAGUACAUCGGCUGGCCUGCCUACCGGGACACGCCGCCCUCCAAGCGUUCCUUGCUCAAAGUGGUCCGAAGACUGGAGAAGUGGCAGGAGCAGUAUGAUGGAAGGGAGGGACGCACCGUGGUCCACUGUCUAAAUGGAGGAGGCCGCAGCGGAACAUUCUGUGCCAUCUGCAGUGUGUGUGAGAUGAUCCAGCAGCAAAACAUCAUUGAUGUGUUCCACAUCGUGAAAACGCUUCGCAACAACAAAUCCAACAUGGUGGAGACCCUGGAACAGUAUAAAUUUGUAUAUGAAGUGGCCCUGGAAUAUUUAAGCUCCUUUUAGUCCAGUGGGAUGGGGAACCUGCCAGAAUCCAGAGGCUGCUGCGGCUGACCCCUCCCUCCCUUUUCUACGAAUGGCAGUGACUGGGCUCUGGGGCUCAGAGGUGGAACCCAUGCCCAACUCCGAGGAGCAGACUGGCAGUCCCAUGUUCUGAAGUGGGCUCUGCGCCUCCUAAGAGGUCUCCUGUAGCUGUGAGAGAUGCUACUGUGACAGGACCCAGGCUUCCCUUCCACACCUGACCAGACUCGGGCCUAUGCAGAAGUGCACCCACAAGGAAGGCCUUGAACUUCUGGUUCCCAGACCUCUUGCUUUUGUCCUUUCUGAGUUUGUGAAUCUCAUGGCAAGCUGAUGGUGCAGGUGCUGGACAGUGGGAGGCUGACCAGCUCCUCCAUUGCAGUCCUUCUCUUGGGAUUACUGGGGGAUGUGGGUUCUACUCCUCCAUGCUAUUUUGGGAAAAAAAAUGGUGUUAUGGAGGUCACAUGUCUAUUGUCUUCAGCAGUCUCUUUCAGGGACCUCUGACACCAGACACCUGCUAGUCUGGAUCAGUGUGACCUCUGGAUGUCCCCUAGACCUCAGCUCAGGCCCUCUCCAUCCUCACACUCAACCUGCAUGGGGCUUCGCCCACUAUUACCAUUAUGUACAACUCCUCCAGACAAGCCUUGAUCUCCUGUCAUCCACUGGCCAGCCAGCUGGGUGCACAGCACAUUUCAACAAAGGUUUUCUUGGCUUUGCUAUGGCUGUCAAUUGGGAAGAACCAUAGGGAACGUUUAUCCUCCUCCUCACCUUGUUAAAGGGGCCACCAUCCUGGAGCAGGGUUCUGGAUGACCUGUAUAGUGUAACCCCUGUAUCUCCUAGGUGGCACUUCCAAUGGGAAGGACCAACAUGAUAUGCUGUGAUUAUUUUCCCAAGUACAUGUGAAAAGAGACUUUUCUUUGAGGGUAUAAAUUCUUAUUCUCUUAUGUCAAAGAAAAAGGAAGGAUGGGCAUAGCUAGAAGACAAAUCUCUUGGGCCUUUAUUUUUCUGAAUCAUGUCUUUGAAAGGUCCCCCAGUGGGAUAGCAAAGCCACAGAAUAAGAGAAAGAGAGAGAGACAGGCUAGUCCAGAAGUGGGCUCCUGGUUGCUGGGGGAGUUAGAGCACCAGCUCCGCACAUGAUUCUCACCAAGCUUGAAUGCCUUCCUAAAGAAAUCCAGCUACCAUCUUGAAAAUGGCCCCGCCAUGUACUGAUUUAGAACACGCCAAGGGGGUUAGGCCUGAGGUUCUUCGUAUUGCCUAACAUAGAUAAGUGAAGGAAGUUCAGCAUCUCUGCAAACCAAGUGUCAUUCUUGGCACCUUCCAUGUGGCACAUACUAGAGCCCUUAACACCCAAGUAGGAAGUUGUUAUCAUGUCCAUUUUGCAAUUGAGGAAACCAAGGCUCCCUCCUUAUCAAUGAAAUUCUGAGUCUCCAAAAUGAGGACAAUGGUAAUUAAAUGUCCCUACCAUUUUCUCCAUCCGUUCUCAGCCAAACAAUUGUUUUACGGAAUAAAAACAAGGCUAGAAACUUCUGGGCAAACUCCACAAUUGGAAAUUUAAUGCUUUCUUUCUGAUGCCAGUUCUUCUGGGAAGCUCAGAAUUUCAGCUAUAUUUUAUUAACCCAUUCCCAGAUCCCCAGAAAAGCUAGUCUUACCUAAUUUCUUCAUUGGUUAAAAAAAAAAAAAAAAUUCUCAUACUCCCUCAGGCUAAAAGGGAGCCAGCCUGGAAGAUUCUCUCUACCUUGGUCUCUAACUGGUAUUUGGCCAAAAUAUCUGACAACCUCAGUAGUGGUAGCCUGGGAUCUAGAACAUUUUGUCUUGUGGGUUGGUCUAGCCCCAAGAAGUGUAGGAGAGGCAUAGAAUCCAAUAAGACCAAGGUUUUACCCUUCAGGCCUUGCCGCCUGUUAGGGAAGCUGAACCAUUUUACAACAGUAGAGGAAACUACAAGUGUUCCGUGACUCACCCUGCCUACAGCUUCCUAGGCAACAUCCAGUCUAGCUAAGUCUCCAAAAGAAGAAAAGUGAAAUUCGAGCCGAGGGAUCAGCAUACAGAGCAGCAAAGAGGUGUGAAAAGACAUCAGAGGGACAGAAGUGGGAGGCCAGCCCAGCUGGAAGGCAGCAAGUCAGGGCCAAUGGUAAGUGGUAAGCCAGAGCAGACAAGAGAUGCCCCAGGAGGGUACGGGCAUUGCCGUGCAGGCAACCAGCAGCCAGGGGAGCUUUGCAGUGAUGUGCUCAGCUUAGUACUAGAGAAGGCCUCCUCUGGACCAGCAGAGUUUCUGCUUUUCCUGUCAUCAGACACUGUGAAGACAAUUCUCUUAAAGCGUCUGCUUUAAAUAUGUUAUCUAUUUGUCUGUCUGCUCAUUAUUUUGUUGCUGGAACAAAAUAUGGAGUGGAUCAUGAGACUCAACUCCUGUGAGAAACCCAGGGUCUCUGCUUUACCACCGAGCAGGGUCAACAACCCUGGCCUCCAAGCUCACAAAGAACGGGACAUGAAAGGAGCCUGGGGAAUCGGUUUCUGCUGGCAUGAGCUUGGGCGCUGUCUGGAAGUCUAAGGACACCAGACUUGAUCAAGGAAGUCUGUUACUUUGGAGGUUCAAAGGAAGCAUCUCAAAGCAAAGGCAGGCAGAGGAACUCGAUGACUUACUCCUCUCCUUUGAUGAGCCUCUUCUCAGGUGUGUUUGAACAAGUCCCUGGGGCCCACUUCCCAUUGGGUCUGUCUGGCUUUCCCUGGCUGUAGCUUCCCACCACACAUGGUUGUUUCCAGCCUCGAGGAGCCUGUAGCAUGGCAAAUCAGCCUGCUCCAUGCUAUUUUCUGAUAUCUUUGCCCAUCCAGGCAGGGGAAAGGUGGAGGGAGGGCUACUUAACACAUAUCCUAGGAUUUAUUCUGCUCAGGAACGGGUGAAGUAGCUGCCAGAUUAAAAAAUGCCAGUAGCUCCUUUCAUUUCACAUGGUGGGAAUUGAUAGCAUGACUUCGGGGGAAAGGAAGCAUGUGAAAAUGCAGGCCAUGGUAGGGAAACCCAACAAAGGGCAGUUCAUCCCAUUUCCUCAUGCUCCAAUCAGCCUCUCAAGAAGGCAUGGAAGUGGACUGGUCUUGUACCAGUGUAUACACAAUGACAAUGGCUUACAGAUGGAGAUGACAUCUUUAAAUUUCCAUGUGGACAAUAUGCUGCACAGCUUAGAUGAAAUGAAUAGUGGUACUUGGGAAUUUAGACUUGACCCUUUGCCCAGGAAGUCCCCCCAAAGCAGAUUCCACCUUCCUAAGGCCUCUUUUGACCCCAACUUACUUACAGGGUACACUUUACUCUUUCAUGAGUGCCAAGGAGUACCCUUACUUAGCUAAGAUCUUCCUGUGCAUCUCCUAAAUAUGUGCUCUAUAUUGAGAAGGUACCAGGUAUUAAUGAGAGGCCAACAACUGUCUCCACCUGUAUGUGUUUAUGGAAUAGAUAGCCUCAAGGUGGAUCUCAGCUGCAUCCCAGCAUUGUGUCCCUUCAGCCUUAUUGGCGUGAAUACCGCGAAUUAGCCAGAGACUCCUAAGCCUUGAGGCAUCCACAGCAGGCUUUCAUCUAUGGAAAUAGAAGGGGGACAUUUGCUGUGGACUUGAGCAACGGCCCACCAUAGCUCAACCAUCCCGUGGAACCAGUGGACUCUGCUAGAGAAUCUCACAUGUGAGCUUACACUUCCAACAUUCCUGAGAAGGGUCUGUGAUUCUAGCCAUCAUUUUACUGGUGAGCAAAAAUAGCACCCACAGGGAGAAGUCAUUUGCCCACACAAGCCAUCCAGGACUUAAACUGUUCUUCUGAUCACAGAGAUAAUAUUCUCCCACCAUGGUGUCUCACAUUUUUCCAUAGGGUUACACAUAACAGCAAAGAAUAGAAUGAAAACAAUCACUCAUUAGUUCUUGGUAAACCCAAAGCAGACAAAAAAUAAGCUUCCAAUUACUGGAUAGCCUCAUGUUUUACUUUAACAAGUCAUGCAAUAUUUGAAUUCCAUUUCCUGAGUUACACUGAUUAGAUUUAAUAUGACUAUAUUUUUAAUGUGUCCUGUAUCUCAUGAGGCUGUUGAUUUGCUCAGUCUAUUCGGAUGGACUCUUUGAAACAAUAUGCUUAUCUGAAGCACUGUGUCUGGCCCUGAAGCUGCCUCCAGAAGUCCAUUCUAUACUCAAGUUUAAGGCAAGCUUGCCAUCCUCUGCUGUGGGAGUACCCUGGCCUCACCACUCCCGAGACUCAGGUUUAUUCCAGUGAGUUCUGGAAAGAACCCACUAGAACGAUGAAGACUUGGUCAUCUGGCAUGGUAAAGGGCAAGCCCACAAAACUCUGAAGGGCAAAGCGGGAAGCUGCAUGAUGUCUUACUCAGCAAACGCUUGAGCACUUGCUGGCUCCUGUGGUCUGGGUAGAGUCCUACGGAUGCUAAUGGGGGAAAAUCUGAGGAUUGCUUCACCAUGGAUGGGGUAAGACUGAAGUCCAGAAGACCUCUCACUUUACCUUGUCCAUAUUUAAGCUCUGGCAUCCUGCAGCAUAGAGCACCCUAGAGGAGCUACUACCAGGAAGUAUAGAUGAUUGUGUCAUUGUGCAUCACAAUGGGGAGCUGAGAGAAGAGAUCUCAGUCUGUGAUUUGAAUCCAAACUAUAUGAUAUUGUAUCAAAUGAUAGAUGGAAAAGGAACACAAUGAGAAAAGCCUCAAUUACAUUAGAAGUGGUUGAUGUGGAGGCUUUAGGUGGGGAAACAAGAAGGGAAAUUGGAACUUGACGUAUACUUGGAGCCCAGGAUGAUUUUAGGCUGUUGAGUAGACUGUUCUCUUCUAUGACCUCACAGGACAGAGAAUAGAUAGAACUUUCUAGACCCAUUGAGAGUAAGGGUGCUGCUUUGGAGCAAAUCUUGAAGGAAAGAUAAUCAUUUCCCACUAACCAGUCAUCUUUAUCCAGCACCCCUUUCUGUUUGCUAUGCUGGCUCACUAGUAUCUUCAUCAGAAUCUACAUUUCCUCAGUUCUGGAAUGAAGUCCUACAGACACACACAGAUGUCAGUGCAAGCAUCACAAGUGAGGCCCAGGGAGGAGCAUUCAGACACGUCUGCCAUUUCUGGAGCAGUGACUGCCCAGCCAGAUCUAGACACACUGAAGGACAUGACUGUUGCCCUAGCCUUCAACUGUCUGGGGACAGAAUAAUGAAAGCCAUCUUCCUUAGCCUGCUGCUAGCUGGCCAGGCAGACCAUCGACACUGAGCUGAAACAGAAGUGAUACCGUGAAUGACAUGGGUAGACUCAAGUCCUUAAGGCUAAGCAUGAACGUGAUGUUGAUCCUAAGACACAAAGUCAACACAUUAGACUGGGGCAAGAUUCCCAGGUUCAAGUUCCUAAUGCAGUGUAGGAUGUAUCCGAAGGCAAAACACAAAUGGUCAUGUCAUCUCAAAGCCCUGACUUGACUUUCCCAUCACCCAACCAGUGGGAUCCUCUCCUCAACUUCUGUCUAGCUCCAAAUCACAGCAUAGGGAAGCAGUAAAUCCAAGUAGUGGAGACCAGAUGAGCUCCUACCUUGUUCAUAUCCUGCCAUGCAAGUGCCCUGUUGAAGGCUGUCCAUGGAUACCUAUCUAGAAAUUAUAACAUGCAAAGCCUUGGUUUUACUUAGUAGAGAGCUGCCUUUUGAUAGUACAUUUUGUCGGAAUAGCAGGGAGAGAGGUUGGUGUUGAACUGUAGAUGACAGUGGUUUCAUCUCAGGAUCCUGAGAUCUGAUCCUCAGAAAUACAUUACAGGUGCGCACAUGAAUGGAUCAUUUUCUUAUGUAACCAAGGAUAGACUUCAACAUGAUGCCAGCUGUUCAACUACCUUGUAGAGAUCAAGAUGAUCUCUUGAGAGUAACCUGCCAUCCUCCAGAAGUGGGAGAAAAUAUAAAUAAAAAACAUGAAGUCUCCAAAGGAGACAUCAGUACUCACAAUGGUAGCCCUCAAGCCUGGUAUCCCCUCCAUCCAAGAGAUGAAUGGUUAUAUACUGGGGCUGACGUAGAGGAUAGGGAAGAGUCAACAUGGAACUGAAAAGAGCUUUGGAAGCUACAUGACCAUGGGUCUCCCUUGCCUGAGAGAUGCUCUAGGUAGUAGAGUGUGGACCCUUGUCCUUGAUUGAAAUGUCCAGAAAUGAAGGUCUGGGAGCCUUGAAGAUAGGGCAGUCAGAGCUCAGGUAACUAAUGUAAGUCAUUGUUCCUCAGUGAGCAGGACUUUUUGAAGAGUAAAAUGAAGUGUUAAGUCACAAAGUUGAGUCCCUUAUAAGUAGUCCAGUGCCCUUUGGCUUGUGAGUACAAAUUAACAGACUCUCUAAUGUUCAAACAAAAUCUCAGUGCCCACCUUGUCCCAGUUCCUAAUAUUAAUGAUGCAAGGUAUCCUUUGGAUCAAAGUUCAUAUGGUUUUCUGAAGGUUUUGAGGAUAGCAUAGUUUCAUCCUAGUUAAAAUCAAGGUCCUGAAGGGACAGGUACCCAAAACAUAUAUAGGGCUACAGAUCAUUGAACAUAGUCAAGCACAGUUUACAAGUGUUCUAUGAGUGGAGUUUGGACCAGUGAUAAAACCGUAGCUUUAAGAAAAGAGCCUGUUUACUGCCGGAGUGGAUACCUUCCCAGCUCAGACACUCCUCCGCAGUAUCCAGAUGCCACUUGAGAAGGUCAUUAGGUCACUUCCACCCUAGGGAUGGGUGAGAUCAUGCAGAGCAGGUAUCAUGUUUGAGCCCAUACUUGCAAAACAUAGACCUAAGUAGGUCAUGAUUUUUUUUUGCAAGUAGAAGUCUCCUGAUCUCCUACCCAAGUCUUCCCACACCAGUAGUCAAGAUGCUCUUGGCUGUAUAUCCUGGCCUCAUCUGGGCUGGCUAUCACCAAACACCAGAAGGGAGGAAGCAGCUGCUUUGCCAUAGAUUUGAUGCCUACUGACAUCUCUGAAGAGGGCAACCAUGUCCAGACCCACUGGCUAUCAGGGUGCUCAGUGACAGAACCAAUGAAGGUCCAGGUAGCAGCCAGAACAGGGCUUCAUGACCAUGCACAUUAUCUACAAAGGCAAAUUCCACCCCCCACACCCCACUCAAGACCUGUUGGAGAAGACUUCAAAAGCACAGUGAACUCAGAUAGCACCUGAUUGAAAUAAUUCCUGGUGCAUACAUUUCAUCACCAGGUGGCUCUCAGGUUAGCCCAGGUUAAUCCAUACUGGUAAUUAGACUCAAAGUCAUUUCUUUUCACUCCACACAUCCCGGUGGUCAAUCAGAAGUACAGUCAAAGCCCUUACUGUUGCCUUGGUUACUGGGUAUCUGCAUAGCUCUCUAAGAAGCUAUCAUGAGGUUCCCACUGCAUUCCAGUGAGGUUGACACUUUCAUAUCCAUAGGGCACAUGAUAUUGCAUGAGACCAAAGUCUCCACACUAUUUGCAGCCUCCUCCACAAAUCCCAAUGGCCUGCUCUUGUACAGUUUGGGUGUUUGAUAGAUAAAGCACGUAUGAGAAGAGAAAACAAAAUAAAUCAACUUCAAAAAAAAGCCAGCACUGUGCUGUUGAUGUUCUUUUUUUUUCUUUCAUUUUUCUUUCCAAUUUUAGCUUAAAAAAGCAGAAGGUAAAUAAUGUCAGGUCAAUGAAUAUCAGAUAUAUUUUUUGACUGUACAUUACAGUGAAGUGUAAUCUUUUUACACCUGCAAGUCCAUCUUAUUUAUUCUUGUAAAUGUUCCCUGACAAUGUUUGUAAUAUGGCUGUGUUUAAAAAAAUCUAUACAAUAAAGCUGUGACCCUGAGAUUCAUGUUUUCCUAA